UGCGAUAGUUUUAACGUUCUCAUUUUGUGUUCAGGUCCCUGUUUGCCAUCGUAUUUCACAUGCAACGAUGGCUCCUGCAUACCAAUGCGCUGGAAAUGCGAUUCCGAACCGGACUGCAAGGAUGGCUCUGAUGAGACCAGCGAUUGUGCCAAGUCGCCCAAAUGCAACGAGGGACAGUUUCGCUGUGGCCAGAGCCUGAAAUGCAUCCCCAGCAAUUGGGUGUGCGACGGGGAAUACGACUGCGGCAAGGGGGACAUAUCGGAUGAGACCAAAUGUCCCGAUAGCGUUGCGGCCCAGUGUCGCGCCUUUGAAGCCGAGUGCCACAACGGCGCCUGCCUGGAGCUGUCGCGCUUCUGCGACGGCCACUGGGACUGUGAUAACGACGAGCUGCAAUGUGAUAAACAAAAUGUCGCCUGCGCUGCGCUCAACUGCAGCUACAACUGCAAGCUGACGCCUCGGGGUGCCCGCUGCUACUGCCCCGCCGGGCAGGUGCCGGAGUCGGCCAACUCGACGCGCUGCGUGGACUACGAUGAGUGCAGUGUGCCCGGCACUUGUGACCAGCAGUGCCGCAAUACGCCCGGCUCCUAUGAGUGCUCCUGCAUUUCCGGCUACGCCAAGCAGGGCAGCCACUGUCGGGCCAUAAAUGUGCCACCCUCGGAGCCGGCGACCCUGUCGCUACUCUCCGUGGGCACCAUUCGACGCAUCAGCACCGCCGUCAAUGGCACCGGAGCCGGAGAACUGCUGUCCACACAGCCGGUGCAGUACACUCUCGCCUACGAGGUCUGGCAUCGCAAUCGCACGCUCUGCAUGCUGCAGAAGAUGUCCGAGCUGGUCAUACAGUGCCAGCGCAUCGACGACGCCAACGUUAAUUGGACGCUGCCUGUCUCAGCAUUUAACUCGCCGCACCAGAUUUUUGUGGAGAUGCGCUUGGACUGGCUGUCGGGCAAUUGGUAUUUCCUGAACGAAGACGACGGCAUGGUCUAUCUGUGCACCAAUGCGGUCACCUUUUGCCGGCUCAUACUGCAGCAGGUGGAGCAGCCAUCGUCUCUGGUGCUGGACCCAACCAAGGGCUAUCUGUUCUACACGGACUGGUCGCCAAGCCUGUCGCGCGCUCUGCUCGACGGCAGCAAUCGCACCACACUGGUCAACACGCAGGUCUAUCAUCUGAGCAGCGUCACCUUGGACUUGGCCAGCGAGCAUGUCUACUGGAUUGACGUCUACAAGGACAUCAUUGAGCGCGUCAACUACGAGGGACAACAGCGUUGGGCACUGAAAAAGUUACCAGAUUCGCCGCUGCCUUUGAAGACCAUCCAGGCGGUGGAGGUGUUCGAGAACACAAUUUAUUUGGCUGCCUGGACGGACCGCGCCAUCGCUGGCCUCGACAAAUUCACGCUGAAGGCGCGCGUGCUGCUGGCGAAUGUGACACGCGGCACACAUUUUCGCAUUUUCCACCGCCAGAAGCAGCCGGAGGUGGCGCAUCCGUGCCGGGAGAACAACGGCAAUUGCAACCAGAUUUGUGUGCCGCUGUGGACGCGCGGAUUUGCCAGCGCCAAGUGCCUCUGUACAGCCGGCUAUAAAUUGCACAAUCAGACGACCUGUUUGCUCUCCGCGCACGAUAAAUUUCUGGUGUACUCCGACAAGCGUUUGGUGCGCAUCACGGGCGUGCCGCUGGGCACCGAGCAGGUGCAGCAGCUGGAGCAGCUGGGCGAGGAGCCCGACGUCAUGGUGCCCAUUCGCAAUGUGACCGGGCCGAAGGCCAUCGAUGUAAAUGUGCGUGGCAAAUCCAUUUUGUAUGUGAUACCCGAUCAGGAGGCGUCCCUCAGCACCGACGAGCCCGUCUACGCCAUCAGGAGCCAGUCGCUCAACGGCAGCGUCUCGCGCACUCUGUCCACGGGCUGGCGCAAGGUGCGCGCCAUGGCCUACGACUGGGUGAACGACCAUCUGUAUUGGACUGAAUACCAGAAGCUGCAUGUCGCCCCGCUGCGCAACAUGAGCAAGAUGCUCACCUUCAAUAUUGACUGCAAUCCCAUGUCAUUGGAAUUGGAUCCUGGCACUGGGCUGCUCUACUGGACGCAGUGGGCGUUUGCGUCGUGCGAAGCGGCCAUCAUCAGCGCCUGGAUGGAUGGCACGCACAAGGAGCUGUUGGCCAAAUCGACGCAGCAGCUGAGCAUGCGUUGGCCGCGAAGCCUGGACGUGGACAGGCGCGCGAAGCGCAUCUAUUGGUGUGACUUCAUGCUGGGCACCAUCGAGCGCAUGAAGCUGGACGGCACUGGGCGAGAGGUGCUUUUGAAGUCGGAGCAGCUGCAUCCGUUUGCCAUAGUGCAGCACAAUGGCGUUGUCUACUGGGUGGAUAACAUUAACUCGACCAUUUGGCGGUUUCAUGUGCAUCAUGCGAACAUGACCAGCACCUUCAGCUCGACGGUGCAUCUGCAGCACAGUGGCAAUGCCAUCGAUUUGCGGGUCUUUGACGUGGCCACGCAGCCGCUGCCGGCCACGCCCAGCGCCUGUGCGCUCUCGAAGUGCCCUGGCAUGUGCCUGAACACGCCCAAGGGCGCCAUCUGUCGCUGCCCCGACGGCUACACGCUGAACGGCACGGGCACGCAUUGCAUACCGCAGCUGACGCCCUCGACGGUGACGGCGCCGGUUCGCUCCAACUGCAGCUCGGGGCACCAGUGCCGCAGCACUGGACAAUGCAUCGACGGCAAGGAUCUGUGCGACGGCUUCGAGGACUGCGACGACGGCAGCGACGAGAGCAACGACAGCCAGGGGCCCUGCAAUGCGCAAACCUGUGAUAAGAAGCUGCACUUUGUGUGCAACGGACGGUGCUACCAGCGCGCCUUGCUGUGCAGCUCCAUUGCGUACUGCUCGGAUGGGUCGGAUCAGCUGAACUGCGAGCACAAUACCUGCAACAGCAACGAGUUCUCCUGCGAGAAGAGCGGCCGCUGCAUUCAGCUCAGCUGGGUGAACGACGGUGUCAUCGAUUGUGGACCCGACGACUCGUCCGACGAGUCGUUCGAGCUCUUUUUGGGCAGCAAGUGCCCCGAGCUUGACUGCGGCAAUGGACGCUGUCGACAGUUCUCCGAUAUCUGUGAUGGUCUGGACAAUUGCGGCAACAAUGCGGAUGAGUUUGGCUGCGAGCAUGAAUGCGGACAUGGGGAGCGCUACUGCCGCCCGAUCGGCUGCUAUGGAGACAUGCACAUUUGCGAUGGGGUCAACGACUGUGAGGACUUUAGCGACGAGGCGAAUUGCAACCAGACGAAGAGCGACAAUCAUCCGCUUGGCGGCUGGAAGGAGCUCGAUGAGUGUGCGCCCUUCGAGUUCGCUUGCUCGGAUCCGUUCGAGUGCAUACCAGAGUUCCUGCGCUGCGACGGCAUCAACCACUGCUUCGACAAGACGGACGAGGUGAACUGCACUCAGCUGAAGCCGAGCAAGUUUGACAUGAACGAGACGGUCGUCUGUGAGCAUCCGGAUCGCUUGUGUGGCUUCAGCAACAAGUGCAUCACCGUGAGCCAACUGUGCGACGGCCACAAUGACUGCGAGGACACCACAGACGAGGGCUUCCUGUGCGCCGACGAGCUGUGCAAUCACGGCCACGAGUGCUCGCACAACUGUCACAACACGCCCGAGGGCUACAUCUGCUCCUGCCCGCCCCACCUCUACCUGCAGCCCAACGGCAAGCGGUGCAGCAUGCAGCACGCCUGCGAGCACUGGGACACCUGCUCGCAGGUGUGCGAGAGCAGCGGUAAGGGCUAUGCCUGCCAGUGCCUGGAGGGCUACGACCUGGCCUACGACAAGUUCACGUGCAAGAGCACCGCCCCGGAUGAGCCCUAUGUCAUCUUUACGGAUCGCCAGGAUAUACGUGGCAUCAAUCUGAAGACGCUGACCGCCAGCAGCUUUUACAAUGCGGUGCGAAACAUCAUCGCAUUGGACUUCCUCUACAGCAACGAGUCCAGCCUGGACAUCUUCUGGACAGACGUCAUCGACGACAAGAUCUACCGUGGCCAGCUGGUUGGCGAGAGUCUGCGCAACGUGGAGGCUGUGGUGCGCUCGGGUCUGUCCACCACGGAGGGCCUGGCUGUGGAUUGGAUUGGCAAAAAUCUCUACUGGAUCGACUCGAACAUGGACCAAAUUGAGGUGGCCAAGCUGAAUGGCAGCUUCAGAAGAACUUUGAUAGCUGGCAACAUGGAGAGUCCGCGCGCCAUUGCGCUGGAUCCACGCGAGGGUCUGCUGUUCUGGACCGACUGGGAUGACAACUCGCCGCGCAUUGAACGCUGCAGCAUGGCCGGCGAGGGCAGGCGCACAAUAUCCACCAAUUGGCAGCUAAGCGCCGGCUGGCCCAACGGCCUAACGCUGGACUACACGCAGAAGCGCGUCUAUUGGGUGGACGCCAAGUCGGACUCGAUAUGCAGCACCAAAUACGAUGGCUCCGAGCAUCAUGUGGUGCUGCGCAGCAAGGAGAUGCUGGCGCAUCCGUUUGCCAUCUCCGUGUUCGAGAACUAUGUGUACUGGACGGACUGGCGCACGACGUCUGUGAUACGAGCCAACAAAUGGAAUGGCAGCGAUGUGCAGGUGCUGCAUCGCACCCACACUCAGCCCUUUGGCAUCCAGGUGCUGCACUCCAGUCGCCAGCCCUGGGACCGCAAUCCCUGCGGCGACAACAACGGCGGCUGCUCCCACCUGUGCCUGCUGAGCGGCCGCGGCACCUUCAAGUGCGAGUGCCCGCAUGUGAUGCGCCUGGAUCCCUCAAACGAUCGCAACUGCGUGCCCAACGAACAGAUCCUGCUAUUUGUCAUAGGCGAGGAAAUCCGCGGCAUUGAUCUCCAGCAGCCCAAUCAUCAUACCAUACCCACCAUUCGGCAGUCGCCCAGGCUCGUGGCUCCACAACGCAUUGACUUUCUGGUGGAGGACAGUCACAUCUACUGGUCGGACAUACAGCAGAAUGAGAUCGCCAAAGCGGGCAUAUCCAGCGGACUGAUUGGGCCCAUUAUCAACACGAACAUCGACAAGCCCUACGGCUUUGCCAUCGAUUGGAUAGCCAAGCACAUGUAUUUCUCCUCGGGUCAGUUUGUGGGCACAAUUCUGGCCAGCAAUCUGCAGGGCGAGUAUACCACGCACAUACACGAGAACCUCAACAUGGUGGACAGCAUCGCCUUGGAUCCGGCCAAUGGCAAAAUGUAUUGGAUUCACUCCACCCAUGACACCUCGCUGUGGAAGCUGGAACAGUCGAAUCUCGAUGGCUCCGAUCGUCUGCUCAUACACACGCACAACAAUAGCAUGCAGAGUCUGACCAUGGACUUUGACUCGCAGCGUUUGUACUAUGCGUACGAUAACUCGGGCAUUGCCUACUACGAUAUACCCAAGAACGAGACGCACAUCGUGCUGGAGGCCAGCCCGAUCACGUCGGUCAACUCUCUCACUGUCUACAAUGGCACGCUCUACUUUCCCGAGAACAUUCAGAGCGUCAUCAUGCACUGCGAGAAGGAGCAGUGCUUCAACAUGUCCUUCCUGCGUGUCAAUACAAAGAGUAUUCAGAGCAUGAAAAUGUUCUAUGCUGAGGCUCAAACGGGCACCAAUACCUGUGCUGGGCCCCUGCGCGGUGGCUGCGAGCAGCUCUGCCUGGCCACCUCGGCCACGGACCAUGUGUGUCGCUGUGCUCUGGGCUACGACGUGGAGCCGAACAAUCCAACCCGUUGCGUACCGCGCGCUGAGUUUAUAUUCUACUCCAUUGAUGUGCUGCAAGGCGUCGAAAUGAUCGAUCCCAGCGAACAGUUCGAGACACCCAAACCGGCUCUGGUGCCCAUCUCACGCACUAGCUUGGCUACCUUUAUCGAGUACCAUGCCGCCACGGACAUGCUCUACUGGGGCGACAGCGAAUUGGGCACCAUUUCGCGCGUGCGUCGGGAUGGCAGUCACCGGGAGACCGUGCUGGAGGCCAUCACUUUGGCCGACUUUAAGCAUCAGGAUUGGCUGGGUGGCAUCGCCAUCGACUGGAUUGCGGGCAACAUCUACUGGAGCGACAUGAAGCGCAACAUCAUCGAGGUCUCGCGUCUGGAUGGCAGCCAUCGCUAUGUGGUUGUGGCCAACGUCGAGAGACCCACCGCCCUGGCUGUGGAUCCAGUGCAGGGCAUGCUCUUCUUUGUGACCGAUCAGUACAUUGGACGCACCGGCCUGGACGGCAGUCAGCUGUUCGUGCUGGUCAAUCAGACGCACGCGACUUGGCCAGUGAACAGCCUGAUUGUGGACAUGGAUGCCACGAAGGUCUAUUGGUGCUCCAGAAAUGCGCUCAUGAAGGUGGACUACGAUGGAAAUUUACGCGAGGAGCUCUUGAACGAUACGGUCAACGACAUUGUGGCAUUGGCCAAGCUGGGAGACUACCUCUACUGGGCGGGCAACUCGUACAGCAUAGGUUUCAUUAAGGUAGCUCCACUGGCCAAUCUAUCGCAAUCACGCGAAGUGCUCCGACUCGAGCAGGAUGCCAUCAGGGAUCUGAAAAUAUACUCGAAGCGUGUGCAGCAGGGCACGAAUCCGUGUGCCCAAAACAAUGGAGGCUGCCAGCACCUGUGCCUCUACAACGGCACCAACACCAUCUGCGCCUGCUCGUACAGCCGACUCGCGGCCGACGGGCUGAGCUGUGAGCCGUACGACAACUUCCUGCUCUUCAGCUACCGCAGCAACAUCGAGAGCAUCCACAUGACGGAGCACGCCAACAAGAACUGGCCCGUGCAGAUCAUCACGAACGAGACGCUGAUGCGAAAUGUGGUGGCCAUCAGCUACAACUACGAGGCGCAGCUGGUUUACUACUCGGACGUCCAGCUGAGCACCAUCAAUCAGGUGCACUUCAAUGGCAGCGGCCAGCGACAGCUGAUCAUGCAGCAGGGGCGGGUCGAGGGCCUGGCCUACGAUAUGGUCAACGACCAGCUCUUCUGGACGUCGAACAACGAUGCGGCCAUACGCAGUCUGGAGCUGCAGUAUGCGUCGCCGGAGGCCGAGAAGAAUCUGCCGCAUGUGCGCAAUGUGCUGAGGCUGCAGAGCAAGGACAAGCCGCGCGGCAUCUCGGUGGAGCCGUGCCUGGGCAUGAUCUACUGGACCAACUGGAACGAGGAGUCGCCGAGCAUACAGCGCGCCUAUCUGACGGGCUAUGGCGUCGAGCGCAUCAUACGCACCGACAUCAAAAUGCCAAAUGCCCUCACUCUUGACCUGGAGCACCAGCAGCUGUACUGGGCUGAUGCGCGCCUGGACAAGAUUGAGCGGGUCAACUAUGAUGGCACGAAUCGAGUGGUGCUGGCGCAUACCACGCCCAAGCACGCCUUCGCCAUGGCCGUCUAUGGGGAUCUGUUGUUCUGGACGGACUGGGUGCUGCACGCCGUGGUGCGAGCCAACAAAUACACCGGCACGGAUGUGCUAUUCCUGCGCGAGAACGUGCCCCGCCCCAUGGGCAUCAUAGCGGUGCAGAACAGCAGCAUCAACUGCGACGCGAACCAGUGCAAGAUACUGAACGGCCUCUGCGAGGAUGUCUGCAUCCUGAGCAAGGACGGGCUGGCCAGCUGCCACUGCACCCAGGGCGUGCUGGCGCCCGAUGGACGGCGCUGCAUUGCCCCGAUGCACACGAACUGCGGCAAGUCGCAGUACAAUUGCCACUCGGGCGAGUGCAUACCGCUGGAGCUGACCUGCGACAAUGUGACCCACUGCCUGGACGGCUCCGAUGAGCUGCGCAACUACUGUGUGAUCCGCAAGUGCCCGGAGAACUAUUUCAUGUGCCAGAAUCAUCGCUGCAUUGCCCAGGAGCAGACCUGCGACGGGCUGCAGCAGUGCGGCGACGGCAGCGACGAGAGCAGCCUGCUCUGCAAGUGCCAGCCGGAGCAGUUCCGCUGCGGCAGCGGCGAGUGCAUCUCGCGCAACUUCGUCUGCGACAACAUGCGCGACUGCCGCGACUUCAGCGAUGAGAAGCACUGCCCGCAGCGCACCUGUGAGCAGGGCGACACGCUGUUCGAGCACUGCGAGAACAGCACUCUGUGCAUCAUGCACUCCUGGCGCUGCGACGGCGAGCCGGACUGUCCCGAUGGCACCGACGAGCUGAACUGCAGCAACAGCACGCGCGCCUCCUGCGAGCUGGGCCAGUUCCGGUGUGCCAACGGGCGCUGCAUCGCCGCCGGCUGGCGCUGUGACGGCGAGAACGACUGCAUGGACAGCGUGGGCGACAAGGGCAGCGAUGAGCUGAACUGCCGCACCAGCUGCCAGGUGAACCAGUUCAGCUGCGACGACGGCUGCAUACCCAGCAGCUGGCAGUGCGACGGCAAGAGCGACUGCAAGGACGGCACCGACGAGGGGCCGCAGUGCCCGAAUCGCACCUGCCGCGCCCAUCUGUUUCAGUGCAAGAGCUCCGGCCGCUGCAUCCCACAGAAAUGGGUGUGCGACGGCGAGAAGGACUGUCCCAGCAACGGCGAUCAGGGCGCCGAAGAUGAGGGGCCGCACUGUGGAGGCGUUGCCCACAUACCCGAUUGCCAGCCACCGGCAUUCCUGUGCAGCACUGGUCAAUGCAUAGACUCCCAUUACGUGUGCGAUGGCGACGAGGACUGUCCCGGCGGCGACGAUGAGUACGAUGGUUGUGAGCCGCUCUAUCAUCCGCAUGCUUGUCCGGGCGGAGCGCUAAUGCAUCACUGCCAGGACAGCAUGUGCAUCUUCAAGAACCAGACGUGCGACGGCAAGCCGGACUGCGGCGACGGCUCCGAUGAGCUGCCCUCGCUCUGCAUGCACACGCGCGCCUGCAACGGCGCCGACGACUUCCGCUGCAAGAAUGGCGCCUGCAUCAGCGCGGAUCUGCUGUGCGACAGACGGAACGACUGCGGCGACUUCUCGGACGAGGAGCUGUGCAAUGAGAACGAGUGCCUCAAUGCGGACAUCUGCGAGCACGAGUGCGUGGACAAGGUGGUGGGCUACGAGUGCCGCUGCCGGCCCGGCUACAAGGUGCUGCCAAAGAGUCCGCACCUCUGCACGGACAUCGAUGAGUGCGCCGAGCAGCAGCCUUGCUCGCAGACCUGCAUCAAUACGUACGGCUCGUACAAGUGCCUGUGCGCCAAGGGCUACGAGCUGCGCGACCAUCACACCUGCAAGGCGACCAGCAAUGUGACGAUGAAGCUGAUCUUCUCGAAUCGCUACUACAUCCGGCAGGUGAACCACACGGGCAACGGCUCCAUACUGAUACACUCGCUCUCCAAUGCCGUCGCCUUGGACUUUGACUGGGACAGCCAGUGUCUGUACUGGUCGGAUGUUACCAGCACUGUGGCCACCAUCAAGCGCUACUGCCCGGCGGAGAACAAGACCCAGACCCUGCAUCAGGCCAUGCUGAAGAAUCCGGACGGACUCGCCGUCGAUUGGGUGGCCAAAAACCUGUACUGGUGCGACAAGGGCCUGGACACCAUAGAGGUCUCCCAGCUGGACGGCAAGUACCGGCGCGUGCUCAUCAACGAGCAGCUGCGCGAGCCGCGAGGCAUCGCCCUGGAUCCGUAUCAGCGGCACAUCUACUGGUCCGACUGGGGCGACAAUCCGCAUAUUGGCAAGGCGGGCAUGGAUGGCUCACAGCCGCGCAUGAUCAUACGCGAGAAUCUGGGCUGGCCAAACGCCCUGACCAUAAGCUUCGAGACCCAACAGCUGUUCUGGGGCGAUGCCAGAGAGGAUACGAUUUCGGUCAGUGACUUGGAUGGCAAUCAUACGCGCCUGCUGCUGGCGCGCAGCAUCAAUCCGGCUCUGAAUCUGCAUCACAUCUUCGCCAUUGCCGUGUGGGAGGAUCGCAUCUACUGGUCGGACUGGGAGACCAAGUCCAUUGAGUACUGCAACAAGUAUGAUGGCCAGAACUGCUCCACGCUCAUCACGACCAUACACAGGCCCAUGGACCUGCGCGUCUUCCAUCCGUACCGCCAACAGCAGCCGAUUAGCGGCAAUCCCUGCCUGCACGCCAACUGCUCCACGCUCUGCCUGCUCUCACCGGAGCCGCCCUACUACAAGUGCGCCUGUCCGAACAAUUUCGUGCUCGCCGAGGACGGACGCACCUGUCGGGCCAACUGCACGGCGGCGCACUUCGAGUGCGUGAAUACGUACAAAUGCAUUCCGUUCUACUGGCGCUGCGACACGCAGGACGACUGCGGCGAUGGCAGCGACGAGCCCGAGACCUGCCCGCCCUUCCACUGCGAGCCGGGCCAGUACCAGUGCAGCAACAAGAAGUGCAUCCAUCCGUCGGCAAUCUGCGACGGGGUCAAUCAGUGCGGCGACAGCUCAGACGAGCUCAACUGUGACAAGUUCACCUGCUUCGAGAACCAUCUGAAGUGCGAGGCAACCGGCAAUAGUUCCGCCUUCUGUGUGGACAGUGUGAAGCGCUGCGAUGGCGUCAGGGAUUGCCCGGGCGGCGAGGACGAGGCGGGCUGCACGCCACUCGUCUGCAAGAAGGAUCAGUUCCAGUGCGGCAACAAUCGCUGCAUGCCCUAUGUCUGGGUCUGUGACGGGGAUAUCGACUGUGCCGACAAGUCGGAUGAGACGAACUGCGAUCACGUCUCCUGUGGACCUAAUGAUUUUCAAUGCAACUCGGGUCGCUGCAUACCGCUCACUUGGCGCUGCGACGACGAGGUGGACUGUCCAAAUGGCGAGGACGAGCCGCCCAGCUGCCACACCUCGAAGGCCACCUGCGAUCCGACGUACUUUAAGUGCAACAACUCCAAGUGCAUACCCGGCCGUUGGCGCUGCGAUUAUGAGAACGACUGCGGCGAUGGCAGCGACGAGCUGAACUGCCAAAUGCGCAACUGCUCGGAGAGCGAGUUCCGGUGCGGCACAGGCAAGUGCAUCAAGCACGACUUCCGCUGCGACGGCGAGAUUCACUGCGACGACAGCAGCGACGAGAUCAACUGCAACAUCACCUGCAAGCCCAACCAGUUCAAGUGCGCUGCCUUCAAUACGUGCAUCAACAAACAGUAUCAGUGCGAUGGCGACGAUGACUGUCCGGAUGGCUCCGAUGAGGUGAACUGCACCUGUCCGCCGGAUCACUUCACCUGCGGCAACGGCAAGUGCAUUAUGUCGCGCUGGAAGUGCGAUGGCUGGGAUGACUGCCUGGAUGGCAGCGACGAGAGCUAUGACACCUGCGCCCAUGUCCACUGCCACUACAAUGCCUUCAAGUGCGCCAAUCUGUUGUGCAUACGCAAGUCGGCGCUGUGUGAUGGCGUCAACGACUGUGGCAACAACGAGGACGAGUCGGAUCAGGUGUGCGCAGCGCUGCCCAAGUGUCGUCACGAUCAGUUCCAGUGCGAGAACGACGACUGCAUCUCGAAGAACUUCCGCUGCGAUGGGCAGUACAACUGCAUCGAUGGCUCCGACGAGAUGAACUGCCAGCCGCCGGUUUGCGGCUUUGGCACCUGCUCACAGAUCUGCAUUGAGAAGAAGGCGGGCCACUACAACUGCAAGUGUACGACGGGCUACUACAAGGGCGGUGCCAAGAAUGCCACGUGCCUGGCCUCCGGCCCGGAUCAGAUACUGCUGCUGGCCUCGGAGCAGGAGUUCCGCUUUAUACUGCCAGCCAAGCAGGAGGGCACCACGGUCGUCGGCUUCUUCCAGACGGACAGUCUGAAAAUUGACGUGUUCGAUAUACUGAUCAGGCCGAAGGACACGUUGCUCUUCUGGAUCGACUCGCAUCACGGCAAGGUGCACACCAUGAAGAUAGCCACGCCCCACGUCGAAGGCACGGGCGUGCGGGUGCGUCGCGAUCUCAAGGAACUGACGGCAUUCAAUAUACCCGAUCUGGAUGAUCCCAAGUCCUUGGCCGUGGAUUGGAUAACCCAAAUGGUUUACAUCGUCGACUCGCGCCACAAUCAAAUCAUUGCCACUGACAUCGAGGGCAAGAAGUACAUCUCCCUGGUGUCCACGGGCAUGAAUCCCACGGACAUUGUGCUGGAGCCCGAGUCGCGUGUCAUGAUUUGGUCCACCCUAGAGAACGGCAUACUGGUGGCCUCGCUGGACGGCACCAACAAGAAGAGCCUGGUGGAGCGCGAUGUCGGCUGGCCAAUCAGCCUCUCCAUUGACUAUCCCACGGGCCGGCUGUAUUGGGCGGACUACCGCAAGGGCACCAUUGAGACGUGCCGCCUGAACGGCAAGGAGCGCAAUGUGGUGCGACGCUUUGGCAACCGCGAGAAGCCGCAAAAGAUCGACGUCUUUGAGGACUAUCUGUACAUCAAGCUGUACGAUCAGAGCAUCAUCAAGAUGAACAAGUUUGGCAACGACAACGGCACCUACUUGCUCAAGGGCUAUCGCUCCUCCGACAUUGGCAUACUGCAUCCGAUGAAACAGAAUCGAAAUAUAAGCAAUCCUUGCGCCAAGGAUCCCUGCAAAGCGCUGCGCGCCCUUUGCAUCCUCUCGACAGAGACGGCCAGUGGCUACAGCUGCAAGUGCCCCAACGAGUACGUGAUGACCGAGGAGGGCGUGUGCAAGGCGCACACCGAUAUACCCAACUACUGUCCGCUGCUCUGCAACUUGGGCACCUGCCAGGUGAUCAAUCACGUGCCCAAAUGCGUCUGCCAGCCGCAGUAUGAGGGCGAGCUGUGCGAGCAUUACCGCUGCUCCGGCUACUGCCUGAACUUUGGUCUGUGCACGGUGGCGCCACAGCUGCCCGGGCUGCAGGAUCCGCCGCCGCUCAAGUGCACCUGCCCGCCCAACUGGUCGGGCGCUCGCUGCGAGGUGUCUGUCGCCGACUGCCAGAGUCGUUGCCACAAUGGCGGCUCCUGCCUGGUCACCGAGGCCGAGGGCAUGAAGUGCAGCUGCCCGGACAUGUACGUGGGCGAUCAGUGCGAGCACUGCCUCAACCUGACCUGCGAGAAUGGCGGCAUUUGUCGCGAGACCCUGACGGGGGCUCCGCAAUGCGAGUGCCCCGAUGGCUUCACGGGCAAGCGCUGCGAGUUCAAUGAGUGCGCCAACUACUGCAACAACGGCGGCACCUGCAUCAUUGGCGCCAAGGGGCAGCGCCAGUGCAAGUGUCCCAGCGGCUACUACGGGGAGCACUGCGAGGCGAACUCCUGCCGCGACUUCUGCCAGAAUGGCGGCACCUGUAUAGAUCGUGGCCACCGCCUCAGCUGCACCUGCCCCACGCGCUACAUUGGCGAACGCUGCGAAUCGGAUCUGUGCAAGAGCUCGAUACCGCCGCACUUCUGUGAUGCCUCCACGCAGCCGUCGCGCAAUCCCUGCACGGGCCUCAUUUGCCAAAACUCUGGCACCUGCCAUGUCAUCAAGGGCGUCGCCAUGUGCAACUGCACGGACCAGUGGAACGGGGAGUUCUGCACGACGAACGUCGCCGACGACAAUCCCUGCGUGCGCUACUGUGCCAACGGCGGCCUCUGCCAUCUCAACCAAUACCGCCUGCCCCACUGCACCUGCAUCGGCGAAUGGCAGGGCGACUUCUGUGAGCUGCCGCCGCACUGUGUGGGCGAGUGCAGCGUCUGCCGCACGGGCAGCUCCAUCAACGAAUGCCUGUGUGAGAACAAGCGGGUGGUGCCCUGCCUGGCGGAGAGCGCCGUGGCCCUGAGUGGGGAGCAAGAUCACAACGAAUCCGCUGGCAUAUUGUCUGUGCUGGCGGUGCUCUUAGUGGUCACGUUGGUGCUCAUGCUCUUUGGCGCUGUCUUCUAUUUCCUCAAAAAACAUCGCAUUGCACAGCCCUUCUCACAUGCUCGGCUCACGGACAAUGUGGAGAUCAUGCUGACCAAUCCCAUGUACCGCGGCGACGCCGACGAAGCGCCGCCCUUCGCUCACGAAGACGACAAGGGCAACUUUGCCAAUCCCGUGUACGAGUCGAUGUACGCGGAUGCCAUAGCGGAGCCAGCGAUUGCAGAGAUUGCGCACAGCACGGCGCCGGAUGAGAGAAAGGGUCUCUUGCAGCACACGCACGACGAGACGCACACGCCGGACAUACUCUGAUGAUUGAGUCGAGCCAGCCAUGAUCAAGAGCGGUGCUAAGCACACUCACCGAUUGUUGUACACUUAACACACACACACACAUAUACUCACGCACACAUUGAAAUCCAAAUGCAAACCGACUUGAACACGAACAAUGGACUGAUAGCGUAGCCAUAUUACGAAUUUUGUAAACCUUUUUUUAUUGUAUACAAUUUAUUUCCUUUAUGUUUGUUGGUGGUAGUGAGAAGGUGUAGGGGGGUCGGGAGAGCGCCGUCCAUCCAAAGAGCGCUGAACCUAAUUAGCAACUGUGGCAUCUCCUGGCUCCUUGUUUCAUGUCCUUAAGAAAAAUGUCCUUAUAUUAUAAAUUGAAAAUCAUUUCUGAUUUCUUGUUGUUGUUUUGUUAAAGCGCCUUUCUCUAAUUGUCGCAAAGUUUACAACAAAUUCGCCUUCUUUCUAUAAACUGAUUUCAUUUAAUAUGAAACUCUCAUAUUUGUGCAUUUGUAAAUUUUUCUAGUUCGUAGACUUAGUUAAACAAGUUCAAGUGCAGCUAUAAAAACUCAAUUUUUGUAAAUAUUUUAUAUAUAUAAAAAACAAAACAAAACAAAACAAAUGGCAGCCUAGUUAACAUUUAAAACAAGCACUAAAUAUUUUGCCAAUUAGUGAAAAAUAUUAUUAUAAAAAAUAAAAAAAACAAUUACAAAUUAGCAACCAAUUGUAGAAGCAAAACAUGUUUUUAAAAUCAACAAACUCAUGUAAAAUGCAUUUAAACUAAUUUAUUGAGCACAAACGAAAACCUUUAAAACGCACAAGCGCAAUAAACGAGCAACUAGGAAAGUAAAUACAGAGAACAGACAGAAGACAGACAAAACAUAACGAACAAAUUGAAUAGUUUAAAUAUUUCAAUUAUCUGACUCAACGCGGAUAUAUAAACAGCAUAUAGUAUAUAUAUUAUAAUACAUUAUUUAGUUUGUCACGUUUUAAAACAAUCGAACAAAAAGCGAUAUCCUGUAUAAAACGAAAAAAUAAAAAUCAAAUUAAUUAAUUAAAUAAUAAUGCUCAGUCAAAAGCCAAAUUUUAACCUAUACAAUGUAAAAAUUGAAUAACUAUAGAAUAUAUCUAAAAAAUGAUGUAUGGUUAAGCUAAGUGCAAAGUGUUUACUGGAAACGUUCAAUGUGCACAAAAUACAUUCAAGAGCAAUUGUAAAAACAAAUAAAAGAAAAU